AUGAAAGCAGGGGACAGGAGGGGCACACAGGCAGAAGGGCCAGGGAGCAGGGAGGACGACGAGGAGGAAGGGGGUGGACGAAAGGGGAGGGAGGUGGAGGAGUAUGAGACGGUGUGUGAGGCGCUGAGUAUCGUUCUAGCCAUUGCUCCGCACAGUGUCAACCACCUCAGGCCUUUUUUUGCUGCCCACCCGCCUCCGUUCCUCAGGCUGAUGCUGUGUGACGGGGCCAGUGCUGUGGAUCCGUCUGCUUUGCUGCCUUCCCUCCGCACGUCCCUCCGCCUCCUCCUCACCUCCCUCCCCACCUUCGCUUCCCUCUGGGACUGGUCGCCUCUCUUCCCCCUCCUCCUGCCCACAUCCUCCUCCCCCCAUCAACCCACCCGAUCGGAUGAGACGGAGGAAGAGGCGGGGAGGCGGGGCGAGGAGGAGUGGGAGGAGGUGCGGUGGGUGGCACUGGAGAUAGUGUCUUUGGUGUUGUCGUUCGAUGAGGCCACGCGCACUCGUGUGGGGUCGGCGUUGUGUGCUCUCACCGCCACGCACCGCGCUCACUUCCAUUUCUGCAUAGCCCAUACCUCCUCCCCUGUCCCCCCUUCCACGCCUUUCCAUUGCCUCUUCCUCAAUUCAACCCACACACCCCUCGCCCUCACCUGUCCUCUUCUCUCCCCUCGCCUUUCCAGCUGGCGUCAGCUGGCCACACAUGUGGAGGCGGAGCGGGCGCCCAUGUUCCUGCUCUCGCCUCUCCAAUCCGCCUCACUGCAAGCCACCAUCAGCGAUACCGAUGCCUCUGCCACACCAGGCACGGAUCCCAGCGGUGCCUCUGCUCCCUCCCCGCUUUCACCGCUUCAAGCCCUUGUGCUGACCACCUCGGGUGCUGGUUUCUCCUUUGACGGGGGCGGCGGUGGGGAAUCCCACGCUCCACAAUGCAUUCACCCUCGCCGCACUCCGCCCUCACCCUCCCUCAUCCACCUCUGUCCAACCACCAAGCACCACCCACCUUGGCCAAACCCGUUCUUCCAUCUCACCCACUCUCUCAGAACAGCAUCAUCCUCCUGUCUGGCUUCGCCUUGUGGGAACAGCCAUGGCGCGCAGCAACCUCCAGUCGCCCCCCCGCAUCCUCCCUUAUCCCCGUUCAUCCCACUAUCCUACCCCCGUCUCCCCGUCUUCCCCCCUUCCAUCUCCCUCACACUCUCUCAGAACCGCAUCGUCCUCACCACUAGCUUCUCCACGUCUGGUGGGAACAGCCACGGCGCGCAGCAACCUGCAGUCGCUCGUGCUCUCGCUGUGCCAGCACCAGCCGCUGCUGCUCGCAGGGCCCACAUGGUGCGAGUGCACAUGGACGAUCAGAUGGACGGCAACACACCUUCGAAAAGUCUCAAAAGCUUCCUCUGCCCCGGCUUUCCCCCUCUUUCCCCCUCUUCCCCCCUCUCCCCACUUCCCCAACUCGUCCCGCCCACAGACAUGGUGCGAGUGCACAUGGACGAUCAGAUGGACGGCAAGACACUGCUCGGCUCCUACGUGUGCACGGACGUCCCUGGGGAGUUCGACAAUACCUUUUGGCCGUUCAUCGCCGUCUCUCCUCUCCGUUCUUCGCUCAGAAGAUAUCCAAUUUUGCUUGAGAAAGUCACCUUUGCUAGUCCCACUCUCCUUCCAUUUCAACACCCAUCUUUUGGCUUCCCUUCUCUCCCACUCACUUCCCUCCCUCCUCCUCAACUCCCUCCCCCUACCUUCACGUCCCCCAACCUAGGCACCCCCCUCGUCCCUGUCUCCCAUAUGGGUGGGUGCAUAUGGAGAGCAUCUCCGUUCAAAACCAGCAGCGCGAGGCACCUCAGGGGAACCUUCCAACCUGCCGUCUUCACUGCUGCUGCUGCUGUUGUUGAGGCAGCAGCGCGGGGCCUGUGGGUGCUAUUGGAGAACAUCUCAGGGGCACCGUUCGACCUUCUAUCCUCGCUGCUGCCACUGCUGCAGGACCGCUGCCUGCACCUGCCUGGUCACUCGCAGCCCCUGCAAGCCGCGGACGGCUUUCAAAUCUUUGCCACCAAGGCCGUUGCUGCGUCCUCGUCCUUGCGCUCAUCAGCGGCGUCUGGGGUGGACUCGCUACUGGCGUCUCACUUCCACACAGUGCACAUCCACCCACCACACGCCUCUGAGCUGCCCACCAUUCUCACCUCCUCCUUUCCCUCGCUCUCCGCCCUCAUCCCCACUCUCCUUGACCUGGUUGAAGCCAUAGGGAGGGUAGCAUCCGGCAUGCCUCUCUCCUCCUCCCUCCUCCAGCACCAACAGCACCAACAGCACCAACAGCGCCAACAGCACCAACAGCACCAACAGCACCAACAGCACCUGCAGCAGCUGGCGGCAUCUGUUGCUGACGCUGUCGCGUCAGGAGGAAUAUCCGUCCGAUACAGCCGCCAGGUUUCUCUCAGGGACACCAUGAAGAUUGCUCUCCGUCUGCACUCCCUGCCACUCCCCGCCUCCAUCCCCACUCAGCCCACGCCCACAAUGACCCUCCCACUCACUGUCCGCGAGCGUAUUUACUUUGAGGUGGUGGAUUGCCUGGUGGCGUGUGUUGCGAUUGCAGAGCAGCGCUGUGCGCUCAUGGCACAUCUCGCCCUGCUCUGUGGCCUACCCACUGACUAUGCACUGCAGCUGCACUCGCUGUACCAGCCCACCGUGCAUGUACGUAUGGCUUCCUCCUUGGAGCUUCGAGUGGGCAGGGCUCUCAUUCCUCUGCGCCUGCACCAGGCGAACGACAGCAGCGAGGGGAACAGCAUGGCGUUUGCAGCGACAGGGGCGGUGCUGCGGCUGAUGGAGCGCGUGGCUGUGUGUGUGGGGCAGCGCGAGCCCGUGCUGCUGGUGGGGGAGACGGGCACAGGGAAAACCACCACCGUGCAGCACCUGGCUCGCAUGGCAGGCCGAGGCAUCUCCGUCAUCAACAUGAGUCAGCACAGCGACAGUGCGGACUUCCUGGGGGGUUUCAAGCCCGUGGAGCAGCGUGUGGUGUGCCUGGCACUCUACCACUCCUUCACCUCGCUCUUCUCCAACACCUUCCCCUCCCAGCGCAAUGCGGAGUUCCUGCUGCGGCUCAGUCGACUGGCAGCCAAGGGCAAGUGGCCGCUGCUGCUCUCUGCCUUCCGCUCCACCGCUCUCAAGGUCGCUCACCUGCUCGCCCCCCCAGCGUCCCCUGCUGCUCAUACGGACGCUCGUGCACCUGCCUCCACCGCUGCUCCUUCUCCUGCUGCGGCUGCUGGUACUGCUGCUGCUUCUGGUGCGGACAGUGCUGGUGGUGGUGCUACUGGCAGCGGGAGUGGUGAUGUUGGUGGUGGUUCGGAGUCAGGGAAGCCGGAGCGCAGUGCCAAGAGGACCAAGAGGCUCGAUGGCGAGCUGUGUGCUGGGCACCCGAUGGUGCAGGGGGGUUCUGUAUCAGUAUCACACACCCCUAUCACCCUUCAUCCGCAUCACCGCUUGCACUCCCACCACCCCCUCUCACUCCCUUCACCUCCUCCCUCUCCCCCUCCUCUUUUCCCCUCCUCCCCUCCCCCCUCCCCCGCCCCCUUUCCCCCCCAGCUGGCGCAAGCGUGGGCGCGCUUCUCAACAGACCUAGCGCGGGCAGAGCGGCAGGUAGCAGCAGCAGAAGCCUCAACCGCGUUCAUGUUUGUGGAGGGCGCGCUGGUGCGCGCGCUCAGGGAGGGCCACUGGCUGCUCAUGGACGAAAUCAACCUUCACCUUCUUCCCUCCCUUCCCUUCUUCACUCCCUCCCUUCUUCUCCACCCCUUCUCCCUCCCAUUCCCCUCUCCUUCCCCUCCCGUUCCCUCCCCGUCCCCUCCCUCUCCAUCCCCCCUCUCUCUCCCCCCCUCUCAGCUGGCGCAAGCAUGGGCGCGCUUCUCAACAGACCUUGCACGUGCGGAACGCCAGGUAGCAGCAGCAGAGGCGUCCUUCGCGUUCAUGUUUGUGGAGGGCGCGCUGGUGCGCGCGCUCAGGGAGGGCCACUGGCUGCUCAUGGACGAAAUCAACCUUGCACCACCGGAGACGCUGGAGCGGCUGAGCGGCGUGCUGGAGGGGGAUGCAGGGUCGCUUGCGAUCACCGAGCGAGGGGACAUUGAAGCGGUUCCCCGGCACCCAGACUUUCGUCUGUUUGCAGCAAUGAAUCCAGCCACGGACGUGGGCAAGAGGGACCUGCCACCCGCCAUCCGCUCGCGCUUCACAGAGCUGUUUGUGGACGAGAUCACCAGCCGCCAGGAGCUGGGCAGUAUUGUCUUCAAGUAUCUGGAGGGCCUGCUGCCGUCCCCUCCUGUGGACGACAUAGUUGACUUCUACCUGGCUGCCAGACAGGAGGCCGAGGUGUCGCUGUUUGAUGGGGCGAACCAGCGGCCGCAGUAUACGCUGCGCACGCUGGCGCGCGCACUGGAGUACGUGCGCGUGGCUCUGCCCCUCUACGGCUUCCACCGCUCGCUCUACGACGGCGCCGCCAUGUGCUUCCUCACCCUGCUCGAUUACGUGCGUGUGGCUCUGCCCCUCUACGGCUUCCACCGCUCGCUCUACGACGCCGCCGCCAUGUGCUCCCUCACCCUGCUGGAUGUGAGGACGGGUGGGGGGCUGGGGAUCGGGGGAGUGGAGGGACCGGGGGCAGUGAGGGACUGGGAACGCACCUGUGCGCCCACCAUGGAGGCCUUGAUCCACCGCCACCUCCUCAAGUCUGCGCCGCCGCUAAAAGUCUUACUUAGAGCGCCGCCCAGACCGGGCGGCAAGUACGAGCUGUUUGAGCAGUUCUGGGUGGAACGAGGGCCGGAGAAGGGCGGGGAUGAGGACGAGGAGGAGGGGCAGGGGAGUGAGGGGGGGUCGAGUGCUGGUGCAGGGAAGAAGGGUGAGAAGAUGAAUGGUGGUGCUGGUGGUGCGAGUGGUGCUGCUGGUACUGCUGGUGCUGCUGCUGGUGCUGGUGCAGGGGCGAUGGAGACAGAGAGUGGAGAGGCGGCGGCGGAAGGGAGGGUGAGGGCGGAGGAGUUUGUGUCGACGCCGAGUGUGAGGGCGCACUUGAAGAACUUGGCGCGUGCUGUGCUCGUUCGCAAGUACCCCAUCCUGCUGCAGGGCCCCACAUCCAGUGGCAAGACCAGUCUAGUGGAGUACUUAGCUAAGCGCACGGGCCACCGCUUUGUGCGCAUCAGCAACCACGAGCACACAGACCUGCAGGUAGGUGACAGCGCUCUGCACGAGGAGGGGCACCAGCGGAACGAGGGGCUGGCACCAGCAACGCAGCGAGCGGAGGAGCUGGUGAAGAAAAAGGAGGAGCAGCCACUUUUGUUCAUCUCCUCCUCUCAUGUCCAAUUUGUCCCUUCCUCUCUGCUCCAUUCCUCCACUCCUCUACCUGUCCCCCUCCCUGUUCUCCCACAGGAGUACCUAGGCACAUACAUCACAGACAAGUCUGGCCGCCUCAAGCCGGUGAUUGGUGGUGCUGUAUGUUCACGCUGCCUCUGCUAUCUCCUGCCAAUUUCCUUGCCUUAUCCCCGUUCUCUGCUGUAUAUCUCCCAAUCCCCCCUCCUCCCCCUCCCCCUCCCCCUCCCCCUCCUCCCCCUCCUCCUCCUCCCCCUCCUCUCCCCCCUCCUCCCCCCCCUCCUCCCCCCCUCCUCCCCCCCCUCCUCCCCCUCCCGCUCCCCCUCCUCCCCCCCCUCCUCCUCCCCCUCCUCCCCCCCCUCCUCCCCCCCCUCCUCCUCCUCCUCCUCCCCCUCCGUCUUCCCCCUUACCCCUCUGGCUGCAGGCACCAUCCGACGUGUUGGAGGCACUCAAUCGCCUGCUGGACGACAACCGCCAGCUCUUUGUGCCCGAGCUGCAGGUGAGACAGUGUCGCCGCAUCCGCACUUCAUGCUCUUCGCCACUCAGAACCCUCCAGGCCUCUACGGAGGUCGCAAGGUGCUGUCCCGGGCAUUCCGCAACCGCUUCCUGGAGCUCCAUGUGGAUGACAUUCCGCACAACGAGCUUGCUCUCAUUGUUGAGAGGCGCUGCCUCAUCCCCGCCAGCUAUGCAGCGAAGAUGGUGGAGGUGAUGAAAGACUUGCAGCGGCACCGGCAGUCAUCAGCGGUGUUUGCAGGCAAGCACGGGUUCAUCACGCCAAGAGACCUCUUCCGAUGGGCCAACCGCCAUGCACACGGAUAUGAGGAGCUGGCACGGGACGGCUUCUACCUGCUGGGAGAGAGGCUGAGGGAUGAGCCGGAGAAGGAGCUGGUGGUGCAGACUCUGAGGAAGAGGCUCAAGGCGGAAGUUGACAGUGCCUCGCUGCACCAGGUCGACCCAUCCACGCAGCAGCAGCUGGCUCGCAUGCUGUCAGACGCACACAGGGGCUAUGCCCUUGACAACUCCUCCUCCCCGCCCACACACAUCCCACUGGAUCCACACGUGGAAGCCCUUGCAUCUCUGGGGGGCAGUGUCGUGUGGACGAGAGCCAUGACGCGCCUCUUCAACCUCGUGCUGCGCUGCCUGCGCCACGGGGAGCCGGUGCUGCUGGUGGGGGAGACGGGCGGGGGGAAGACGACCGUGGGGCAGCUCGCAGCAGCGGCGUGCGGGCAGACACUGCGGAUUAUCAACUGCCACCAGCACUCUGACGCCUCUGACUUCAUUGGGGGGUAUCGCCCUACGAGGGACAGAGAGCCUCUGCAGCAGCAGUACGCAGUAACCAUUGGAAAAUUACAGCACCUGCUCUCUGCUCUGCCCACUGGAGAGGCAGCUACCGUGGAGCUCCGAGAGGAAGAAGCAGCAGGAGCAGAGGAAGCAGCAAAGAAGGAAUUGGAUGGAGAAUCAGGGGACGGCAGAUUGGAGGGGGGAUUGAAGGCAGAGCUUCUAGCAGGGCUUGAGGAGCUGUCAGAGGAGAUUGAGCAGGAGCCCAAGACUGCAGCAUCAAUCCGCACAAUGGUUUCGAGACUCAAGGCCAAAAAGCAGGCUGUAACUGAGGCAGGUGCAGCUGCUGCAGUGAAAGCUACAGAAGAAGGCACCACUGCUGCAGCGGCAGUGGCGGCAGCGGAAGCAGAAGCAGGAGGGAGGGUCUCCGCGAAAAAGCAGCGGAAAAAGGCCAUGAAAAAGGCUGAUGAGGCAGAGGCUGCAGCGAUCGCGAAAGCAGCGGCGGCAGCAGCAGUGGAAGCCACGGUAGCUGCAGGAUGGAAUGAUGCAACGCAGCAGACACUGGAGGAGCUAGAGGGGCUGCUGGAGGAAUUGGAGGAGGUGGGGGGGCACUGGAGGGCGCUGUUUGAGUGGGUGGAUGGGCCGCUGGUGCGCGCCAUGCGUUGCGGCGAUGUGGUGAUGCUGGAUGAGAUUUCGCUGGCGGAUGAUAGUGUGCUAGAGAGGCUUAACAGCGUGCUGGAGACCAAGCGGACACUGGUGCUGGCAGAGAAGGGAGGCCCGGAGGCAGAGCACAUAGUGGCACACCCAGACUUCCGCCUCAUAGCCACCAUGAACCCAGGAGGCGACUACGGCAAGAAGGAGCUGUCCCCUGCGCUGCGCAACCGCUUCACUGAGGUGUGGGUGCCGCCCAACAAGGACAUUGACGAUCUCACGGCCAUCGUGGCUGACCGCUUCGCGUCUCCCUACCUAGCGGAUCUUGCAGGCCCCAUGCUCAAAUUUUGGCAGUGGUUUGAAGCCGAGGGCGAUGCAGGCACAGUGCUGUCAGUGCGAGACCUGCUCUCCUGGGCGGCCUUCGUCAACGCCACUGCUCACCUCACUCCACAGCAGCAGCAGCAGCAGGAUGAACCGGACGAGGGGAAACCCGCAGCCAGCGAGGAGGAGAAAAGGCCCGCAGCAGGCAAAGGAGUGCGCAUAGACAAGUGGACGGCGUUUCUCCAUGGGGCUUUCUUGGUGUUUCUGGACGGCGUGGGGAUUGGUCAAGGGCUGCCAGAGGAUGUGGCGCAGACUGUCCGCGCUCGCAGCUUCAACCUGCUGCUGCAGCUGCUGCCACCGGAGGCCAAGGCAGCCGGCGUACAAGUGGGCGUGCAGAGCAAGCUGAUAACAGAAGCACCUCCUUCAGACCCCACUGCUCCAUCCGCUCACGCUGUUCUGAAGCUGAGCCUGACAGACGUGCAGCGAGUGUUUGGCUUCUACCCCUUCUACAUCCCACGGGGCCCGUGUGCCACAGACACUUCGGUGCCGUUUGAGCUGACAGCGCCCACCACCAACGCCAAUGUCGUUCGCCUGCUCAGAGCCAUGCAGAUCCGCAAGCCAGUGCUAUUGGAGGGCAGUCCAGGUGUGGGCAAGACCAGUCUGGUGGCGGCUCUGGCAGCAGCAGCAGGUCACCGCCUCGUGCGAAUCAACCUGUCGGAGCAGACGGACAUGAUGGAUCUGCUGGGGUCAGACCUGCCAGUGGAGGGCGGCAAAGGGGGCGAAUUCCGGUGGGCCGACGGGGUCUUCCUGCAGGCCUUGAAGGCGGGCGACUGGGUGCUGCUAGACGAGCUGAACCUGGCGUCUCAAUCCAUCCUGGAGGGACUCAACAGCUGCCUGGAUCACCGAGCAGACGUCUUUCUGCCCGACCUCAACCGCACCUUCCACUGCCCGCCCUCCUUCCGCAUCUUUGCGGCUCAGAACCCCCUGCAGCAGGGCGGGGGCCGCAAGGGCCUUCCAAAGUCCUUCCUCAAUCGCUUCUCCAAG